UGAUUGGUCGGUCGGCCGCGGCCGGGAAGAACCCGGAUGUGACUGGGUAGUCGUGUUGGCAGUCGGGGCUCUGAGGUGUGGGCGUUCUGGGGGCGCUGGCAGCCGAGGCGGAUGGCGCGGGGUUGGGCCGGCUUCUCUGAGGAGGAGCUGAGGCGACUGAAGCAAACUAAAGAUCCAUUUGAACCACAGCGGCGUCUCCCGGUGAAGAAAAGUCGACAACAACUUCAGCGAGAAAAAGCCCUUCAAGAGCAAAGCCAAAAACUUGGACUUCAAGAUGGAUCAAGCUCAGUACCUCCAGAGCAGCUGCUUUCUGCACCCAAACCAAGAUUUAAUACUCAAAAACCACACUCUUCUUCCCCUGUUCCUCCUAAUCCUCUUACACUCACUUCUCCUGUUGGUGAUGGAAAACCACAGGGGAUUGAAGGUCAACCAAGGGAACCGGGACUUGAGAAUUCCCAUGAUAAUCACAAAAACACUGAGUUCCUACCUCCAAAGCCAGAUUGCAAAAUGGAAAAAAAGAGAGUGGAAUUGCAAGAAAAAUCUCGUUGGGAAGUCCUCCAAGAAGAACAACGGCUUAUGGAAGAGAAAAAUAAACGUAAGAAAGCUCUUUUGGCUAAAGCUAUUGCAGAAAGAUCUAAAAGAACUCAAGCAGAGACCCUGAAACUAAAGCGGAUCCAAAAGGAGUUACAGGCUUUAGAUGACAUGGUGUCAGCUGACAUUGGGAUCCUCAGGAACCGGAUUGAUCAAGCCAGCCUUGAGUAUUCAUACGCUCGGAAGCGCUUUGACAGGGCGGAAGCAGAGUACGUGACGGCAAAGCUGGAGCUACAGCGCAAGACUGAGAUCAAAGAGCAACUCACUGAACACCUCUGUACCAUCAUACAGCAAAAUGAGCUCCGCAAGGCCAAGAAGUUGGAGGAGUUGAUGCAACAACUGGAUGUACAAGCUGAUGAGGAGACCCUGGAGCUUGAGGUGGAGGUGGAGAGAUUGCUGCGCGAACAAGAAGCCGAAGCAGGGAGACAGAUGGUUCAUCUGGAGAGGCCACCUCAGCCUUCUGGGGAGAGUGUGACUUUAGGAUUUGCCAAAGAGAACAGAAAUCAUCGAGACCCAGCCGCUUCUCAAAAGGUAGAUGAACGGUGUGAAAAUUCCAGUAGCAAUCCCCUUCUGAAUGCAGACCAAAGUCAAGAAGUUAAAAUUACUGUAAAGGACAUUUCAGCCGCCGUGACCACAUGAAGUGCCAGAGUUUGUACCUUGCGGCUGGUAAACGUCUGUUGUGGAUUAUGCCGUGAACUCUGAUAAAACGGUGUUAACUUUGAAUCCGUGGUUAGUUUCAGUAGAACAUGUUUGACAUUCUGAACCCUUGCAUUAUGAUUAUUUGAUACAUAGGCACACGUUCACCUUGAUCCAGGGCCAGGUCCUCCUGGUGCACUCUUAAUACCAGGUGGAAACAAACCACCUAAACAGACGGAAGAGGCGCUACACGAUUGAGAAUGUGUUGCACCAGGUAAAUCUAGAAGAGUAAGAUGGAAAGUGAUACUCGACACCUAAUCAGACUCCUGUGACUUUUCCUAGGAGAGGUGUUGACGAUGAGAUACCUGUUUUAUGUAGUCCAUAAAGACAUAAAAAUUAGCAUGUAAAAGAGACAGAAGGGGGAGAAAACUAACAGAAGUAGCAUAUUGAAUUGUCUAUUGGAUCAUAGUCGAGCUGCAAAACCCAACUUGGAAGCUGCAAUUUAACAAAAGGAACCAGACAGCUUCAGUAACAUUUUCGUCUUCAGUUCGCCUGUUAAAUGGCUUUAACUUACAACCUGAGUUUUGAUUAGUUGCUACACACACACACACACACAUACAAA